AUGAAGUCUAUGCAGAUACUCGCGCUCGCCGCUGGGCUCUUCGCCGUUGCCAAUGCCUGGGGGACUGACGUCCACACUUCCUACACCACGAUCGUCACUACGGCCUACGAGACGUACUGCCCUUCUCCUACAACGUUUGUCCACCAUAAUGUGACUUACACCGCAACGACCGCAACAACCCUCACGAUCACCAACUGCCCCUGCACCAUCACAACUCACCAACCACCCCCUUACACGACGACAAAGACCCUCCCCCCUCCCCCUCCUCACGCAAACACGACCACAACCUCCUGCCCGCCCGACCAGACGACCAUCGUAACCAGCACAAAGACCCUCCCCCCUCCCCCUCCUCACGCAAACACGACCACAACCUCCUGCCCGCCCGACCAGACGACCAUCGUAACCAGCACAAAGACCCCCAAGCCCCCUCACCCAACCUACCACAACACCACCAUCCUCACGCACACCCCUAAGCCUCCUCACACCCACUCGCCCAAGCCCCCUCACCACAACGGCACCACCUCCACGACCGUCAUCGUCGUCACCCCUCCCGCGGAGACAACCCUCGCCGGCGUAACCCCCGUCGCGCCGCCCCAGCUCACCACCACGAAGCCAGACUCGCCGCCCACAAACACCCCCGUGGGCCCCACGACUACGCGCCCCGUCACCGUUCCCGGCAGCGGAGCGGAGCAUCUCGGCGCCGGCCUCGGCGCGGUCGCUCUCGCGGGUCUCUUUGCUCUGCUCAUCUAA